CCAUGCCCGAAAACCGCCCACGUUACGUGAUUGACAGGCCGGCUUAUAACCUCCCAGACUUUGACGGAGAGUUUGACAAGAAGACUCGACAACUCCCUGUCGGAGAGAAAGUGAAGAAACACUUGAGAUGCUCAGUGAAGAGACUGAAGGGCUUGUUAUUCAGACAUCUGCCUGUUUUGAGCUGGCUCCCCAAGUACAAAGUGAAAGAAAACCUGCUGUAUGAUGUCAUCAGCGGGGUCAGCGCCGGCACCCUUCAGGUCCCUCAAGGCAUGGCGUUUGCCCUGCUGGCAAACCUCCCCCCUGUCAACGGCCUCUAUUCGUCUUUCUUCCCCCUCAUCCCGUUUUUCUUCAUGGGCACUGCUCCCCAGAUUGUCCCGGGUACAUUUGCUGUCCUCAGCAUCAUGGUGGGCAUUGUGUGUCUGAGGCUGGCCCCAGAGUCGGACUUCAGUCACUUUAACGCCACUCUGAACGCUACGGUCGUGGACACAGUCAGGAUGGAUGAGGUUCGACUGGGGAUAUCUGGAACUCUGGCCUGUCUCACUGCAAUCAUUCAGAUUGGCCUCGCUUUUAUGCAGUUUGGCUUUGUAGCCAUCUACCUGUCAGAAUCGUUCAUCAGAGGCUUCAUGACGGCCGCUUCACUGCAAGUUCUCAUCUCAGUGCUCAAAUACAUCUUUGACAUCAAUGUUUCACCUCACAGUGGUCCACUGGCAAUUAUAUACAGGCUCAUAGAUACACUCCGCAGUCUCCCUGAAACCAACAUAGCAUCUUUGGUGUUUGCUCUGGUCGGCAGUGUAGUCCUGAUUGUUGUGAAGGAGCUGAAUGUGCGCUACCGCCACAAGCUGCCCUUUCCCAUACCUGUGGAGAUCAUUGUUGUGGUGGUGGCCACGGCUAUCUCCGGCCCUUUGAAUCUUCCUGAGAUCUACCACAUGGACAUAGUGGGAGAAAUUCCUUUGGGAUUCCCAACACCAAUUGUCCCAGCAGUCAGUCAGUGGGAGGACAUGCUGAGCACAGCGAUCUCCCUGGCAAUAGUGGGUUACAUCAUCAACUUGGCCGUUGCCAGAACGCUGGCUGCCAAGCAUGGCUACGAUGUGGAUGCCAACCAGGAAAUGUUGGCUCUUGGCUGCAGCAAUUUCUUUGGUUCUUUCUUUAAAAUCCACUCUAUCAGCUGUGCUCUGUCUGUGACCAUGGCAGUGGACAGCGCUGGUGGGAAAUCACAGUUCGCCAGUCUUAGUGUGAUGACGGUCGUAAUGGUUACACUGCUUGCUCUAGGAGUCUACCUAAGAUCACUUCCAAAAUCAGUGCUUGGAGUCUUGAUUGCUGUCAACCUUAAAACCCCACUCCUACAGCUCUCUGAUCCAUAUUACUUAUGGAAGAAAAGCAAAUUGGACUGUAGUGUGUGGGUUGUGACGUUCUUGGCCACAUUCUUGCUUGGCCUGCCUUAUGGAGUUGCUGUUGGUGUGGGUUUUUCCAUCCUGGUGGUGGUAUUCAGGACACAGUUUCGUAAUGGUUCAACAUUGGUUCAGAUUGAGGCGACUGAUAUCUACAAAAACCCAAAGGCGUACAGCAAGGUGAAGUCCUUACAAGGAGUGAAAAUACUGAACUACUGCUCACCGCUCUAUUUUGCGAAUGCAGAAUUAUUUCGCCAAAGGGUCAUCAAAAAGACUGGGCUGGACCCUGGAAAACUCAUCCUGGCCAGACGGAAGAUUCUGGAGAAAGAGCUGAAGGAAAAAGCCAAACAGGAGAAGAAGGACAAGAAGGAAAGAGAGAAGAAUCUCAGCGCUAUGGUUAACAUGAAGAUCCAGACCAUUUCUCAGCUUGAUCUGCAAAACGACUUUGACACGAAAGAUGGCAGUGCCAACAUAUCUGGGCUUCCCACUGGCUAUGUCAACCCUGGAUUUAGUGACACCGAGCCGGCGAGGAAGGUGCCUGACCAGGAGUUACCCUUCCACACCCUCAUCCUGGACUUGGCAGGCGUCUGCUUCAUUGACCUGAUGGGCAUCAAAGUCUUGAUAAAGAUGAACUCAAGCUACUCAAAGCUCAGCAUUAAACUAUACCUGGCAAAUAUUCAAGCCCAGGUGUACGAAGAACUGAAGGCUGGGGGAGCGUUUGAUGACGGGAACAUUGCCAGCAGUAAUCUCUUCCUCUCUGUCCAUGAUGCCGUUCUUUUUGCACAACAAAACCCUGCAGAGAAGCAAACCUCCCCAGUGGCAGAGAUGGAAACAAUGGAAGUGUCCCUUAACAUCAAUGAGGGGCUGGAUUUGGAGCAGGAGAUAUUUGAUUGCUCAAACCUGCAAUGGGGAUGAACAAAGGAAACAUGCCAACGUUACAAACACUUAUCUUCAAUUUUACCACUAUAAAUGUAAAUUUAUCAGCAUCAACCUAUUUUGUAUGUAUAAUAUUAUAUGUUUUUGUUGACUGUGAGGUAUUACAAUAAAAUAUCUUACUUUUUGUUUGUGUAUUAAGAAGAUACCCGCACAAGUGAGAAGAGCAGGUAAUAGAAGAUCUUUAGGGUCUCUGUUGGCCCACCCCUCACAGUAACAUGAGGCGAACCUGCUGACGGCGCAGUCAUACAGAAGUAGUAGUCUUGUAAUUAACCGGGAGUGUGCACAGCACAGCUGUGAGGUAAAACCAGCAGAGCAGUCUAGUUGAGUCCCUCAAGACCCAAAGAAAAGCUGAACACAAAUGUAAGAAGAAACACAAACCAUCAGCAGUUUCAUGACUUUGUUAUCUUGUAAACUCUAAGUCUCCAUUAUUUCCCACAAGGAAGAAAAGAGCUUCGACAACCGAAACAAUGCUUCAAACGGCAGCCCACUGUGUGAGCCGAGUGAGUCAAACAAAGAAAAAUGUGGUGGCCAGACAACUUGUUUUUAUGUAGCAGGUGCCUAAAGACCUGUGGUGUCUAGCAUGGCAUGCUGACAAUGUUGGUAUGCAUGUGAUGCAUGAAUGGAUUCAUCAAGCUAUUAAGAAAUCAUCCUAAGGUGUUCUGGCGCACAGCUGCUCUUCUUCCUCUCUGCAGCAAAUUGGCACCACGAGUGAUUACAAGGUUUCUACGGCCAUCAGCUUUAAUUUGGAGCUCAGGGAAAGUCUCUCAUCACUUAAUGUGUGUGCAUGUGUUUAAUUUCAUCUCCUGAAGCUCAUCCCUCUGUUUCUUCAACCCUCCUUUGUUUUCGCUGUGAAAGCUCGCUGCUUGAGCCUUUUUUAAGCCAUUUGAUAUCUGGUGGAUGAAACAAAGAGUCAGAGCAUACUUUUCCACAUGAGAUCUGACAAUC